AUGGCCGCGCCGCACGCGGUGAUUUUGUCCGGCCCCGACUUCUACGAGGGCCACCUCACGCGGGUCUAUGGGGGCUACAAGAGGACCAAAAACCUCUACGGCCGCGCGACCUACCAAAGGGACCCAGCGCAGGAGGGCGAGGAAGCAUUCCUGUACUUCUCACUGGCGGAUCGGAAGUGGUGUGUGGGCACUGAGCUGGGAGCCUGCAUCAAGGAUCCGGCCAAGCCGGGCAGCGCCGCACCCCCGGUGCUCAUGUAUCAGGCAGCUGGCACGGAGCCGGACGCGGCGUUCCCCGCGCUGCGGGGAUUCGUGUCCUGGGCGGCGGACCUCAGCGGCGCAGGCCACUUCCAGUUCGACCACUUGAUCUUCCUCGAGCCCCUCAGCUUGCCUAAUGAGGCCGCCGACCCCAACCGCGAGUAUGGCGGCUGCAUGCACAUCCUAGCCUCACGCACCGUGGAUUACGAGUUCCCCCCUGCAGCCGUGUCCCUGUUGGGUGACGUGCCGCUUGAAAGCGAGAGGCCGGUCUGGCGCCUUGGCGCGCCUUUGGCGCAGCUGGGCGCCCGCGCGCCGCUCUUCACGAGGUCCACAGAGCCCACCACAGCGGACUUCGCGGGGCUCGGCUCUUGCGACGCGUCGGAGGUCACCAUCACCCGCGCCGUGCUCGCGGCAGUGCGGGAGUACCCGGAGUUCCUUGAGGGCCUCAUGUCCCGGAGCCUCAGCGUCAAUGAGCGGGGCCUCUACUGGGCACAACUCUUCGACCCCUGGCAACGGCGCUGGCGCCAGAUCAAGGUGGACGAGUACAUGCCAGUGCUGGACGAGCAGCCCUGGGCCGGGGGGGCCUUCCAUCCCUUGUGGGUGAUGCUGCUGGAGAAGGCGCUCGCGAAGCUUUGCGGCAGCUACGAGGCCCUGAGCCGGUCCCAGCCUGGAGGGCUGCUGCUGGCCCUCACAGGGCGCGCGGAACUGCGGCGGUGGCGGAAGGACGCCGGCUGGUGGUGUGCCUGGCGCCACGUGCUGCCCCUGCAGGACUCUGCGGCGCGAUGGGGGCAGAGCUACUCGCCGGGGCUGCACAGACGGGUGACCAAAGCCCGGCCGUUGCGGUGCGUACUGGAGCGUGUUGGUGGCACUUGGCAGCAGAACGAGGACUUCAUGGCUCUUCUCAGGGAGUUGCACCAGCAGAAUGCCUUGCUGCUGGCCUGGAAAUUCCCAGGCGACCGGCUGCGCGAGGAUCUCUUUGCGCCCGGUGAAGACCCAGGGGACCUGGGACUGGUGCAGGGCCACGGCUACUCAGUGCUGGACUUCCUGGUGGAGGACUUCCGGCUGGUCCAGCUACGGAACCCGUGGCCGGACAAGCCCUGGCGAGGAGGCUGCUGA